AUGUCUCGCGCUCGGAGCCGUAGUCGAGAUCGCAGUAGGGACCGAAGCCGCGACCGUAAGGCGCGUCGUCCUCGGCAGCGCAGUCGCGAUCGCGCCCGCCGGAGCCGCAGUCGGAGCUAUGAUAAGGGCCGUCGAGAGCCGAGCCGAGAGCGCUUCCGCGGUGGCCGCUCAAAGCGCAGCUCGCGCAAUGAGGCCGGCGGCGAUAAGAACGAGUUCAGUACGCAAGGACAGGGCCCUCCUCGCAUUGAGGGUAUGGUGUCGCUUAAAGUCGACAAUAUCACCCACAGAACCACCGUCAGUCAGUUGAAACGCUUGUUUUCUAGAUACGGCAACCUCGGUGACAUUUACGUGCCGCGGUAUCCUGACUCGUACAUGACUCGCGGCUUUGCCUUUGUGCGCUACUUUCGCAAGCGAGAUGCAGAGGAGGCGAUGCGUAAGCUGGACGGGGAACGCCUAGACGGCCGUGUCCUCAGCAUUCAGAUGGCCAAGUACGCGCGGCCGAGCAGUCGCAGGAGAGCGGAGCGCCGUCGUGAACGCGAACGCCAACGUGCUCGUCGCGCCAGUCGAAGUCCCAGCCGUAGCCGAAGCCGUUCUCGCAGCCCCAAAGCCCGACGCAGCCACAGCAGAACGCCUAGUGACCGGGCCAGCUCGCGCUCGAAGAGCCGCAGCCGCAGCAAGUCUUCAAACCGCAGCGAAGCCAACGACCGUGGCGCUGAGGCGCGCAGCCGAAGUCCCAGCGAUCGUGCCCGGUCGCACUCCAAAAGCCAGAGUCCCUCCUCGGAGCGAAAGGGCAGCAGUCCUCAGCAGCACUCUCCUAAUCGCCGCAGUGAAGACCGGGAAAGUGCCCGCUCCGCCAGCGUCGCCUCGCAGGACCGUCGCAGCGUCAAGUCAGAGGAGGAGGAGAAGAACAACAACGAGACGACAAAGGACGAGUACAUGAACGACGGGUCAGAGGAUGAGGGCGGCAAGGGCUCACGCUCUCGUUCUCGUUCCCACUCGCGUUCCCGCUCCCGUUCGGGCUCGGUCAGCGACGGCGGCGACCAGUCGCCCAUUCGAACCAAUGGCAAGCGCUACGAGGCGGACGACUCCAAUGACAUUGAGGAUGAAAUUGCCGAAGAGGAGGAGAACUGA